UUCGUUGAUUUUAGCGAAAAUAUUAUACUAUAUUAAAAUUUGCAGAACCUCUGUUACUCCAGUUAGUUUGCCCCAACGGUGAUGGCGUCAAAAGGUUCAACACCUCCGUAUCCCAGUGCUGCUAGAAUCGCCGAUUCUCAGUGUUUUCCGCAAUACACCGCUUCUCUCAAAUGUUUAGAAAAAUUUAAUUCUGAUAAGAGUAAAUGUCAAGAACAUUUUGAUGUUUACAAGGAGUGCAAGAAAAAAGAGGUUCCUCAGAAACACGGGGAAGAAAAUUAGUUUUCAUGGUGACUUAGCUUUAGAGCAACCUGGCUGAGCUAGUUACUUAAAGUUCAAUCAGUCAAUCUUUACAUCAAAUGGGCAAUUAGCAGCGGAGCCUUGUCAGAUCAAAUUAUGAAACUAAUGGCAUGACAUAUAUAUAAUACAAAAAGAGGUUUUCAAAACAUCAUGUUAUUCAAUGCUUGUGAUUUUAAAUCACAUGUUAUAGUUUUUUACCAAAUCUCUUAUUAUUUGAAUCAUAAUAACCUCAUCUAGCUUUGCAAAAUUUUAUGAUGUAAUAUUUGUUAUUUGGUUGGGUUGGGUCAUUAUUGUUUUCACUGAUUCAUUGUUUUAAUGUGAUUGUUGAAAUCAGUUAUAACAUGGAAAUAUGUAAAUUGGGGCUGGUUACUAUGAUUAAUCUUUAGUGGGAAUAGAUUGUAACAAGGUAUUUUAGGGAACUUGGUGUAUGAAAAUAAUGCAUUGGUGGCUAAAUAUGUUACUUUAGAGUGUAAUUCUCUAUGACGAUAGGUAAUCCGUAAUAAACAUGAUUUCUAUCACAAUUAGCAGGGAAAUUAUUAAGGUUUUGCUUCUUCUAAACUAAAUCUUAUGGGGUUUGGUAAUCUGCAGCAAACAUGAUUUUGAUAAAAAUGAGUACGAAACUUACCUCUUAAGUUUAUGCCUCUUUUAAAACACAUGUCAUGUAGGGCUUGAAUUAUGGUUUGAUAAGUACUUCUAAUUGCAUCUUACAAUCCAUUGAACAAAUAGUGCAAUAAACACUGGUGUACGAUCCAUUGCUACCUUUGUGACUGUUCGUCAACUUAAAUAGGCAGCUCCGAACUGAUGGAAUACAAGGUUUUUUUAAGUUUGGGCAUUUUAAAAUAAUACUGAACAGGGCGUAGGGUUAAAAAUGUACCAUUUGAUUCACCAAAAAUGGGCGAGUGUUAUAUAUUUAAGUUCCUUUUGUGGCCUAGUGGUCAGAUGCUCAAAUCCUAUUAACAGCUUCUCUACAUGUGGGAGUUGAGGCUGUAAAAUCCAGAAAAUAAUAAAAUGGGGUAUAGAAUAAAAUAAAAAUGAGUUAGUCUUGUAUGGAUAGGUGUUGAAAUUGUUGGAGGAAUAAACUAACUUAUAAAUUUGUGCUGUUAUAGAAACACACGGCUGCAGCUCAAUGUUCAUCUUUAUCUUUAUUGUUUAACACUGUUAAUUCCCCUACUCAAAUCCCCCUCCUGGUUUGCCCCUGAAUUUUAAAAUGGAGUUAGAGCUUGAUAUAUCUUCCUUGGGAACCAUUGCAUCUCUUCUUCUUCUGUAAACAGUACUCAGUACUCAUCUUUCAGGGAAUUUUUUUUAUUGCUGCAAUUUCAUUGUCAAAAUAUUCUUUUCAGAGUCGAACCAGUUUCUAUUCAAGUUGAUGUCAUUAUCCAUAACUGUUACCAGUUUCUUCAUUUUAAAUAAUAUUCAGUUUAUGAAGGUCUAUUACUGGACACUGCCAGCAGUCAACAAGUUUUGUCAUGCGUAAAUUUUAUUGGUUCUCAUUUGUUCUCACACCUUAGAAAACGUAGGUCUGUGCCAAUCACGACAGCCUUCUCUGAUAGGUGAGAUAACUGAAGGAUAUUCUAACUAGGAAUGAUCAUGAGGUCACCUGACCAACGUUACCCGGGCUAAAAUUUAGUUAAGUUGGGUUAAUAGGUUGAAUGAAUUUCAAAAUGUAUGAAGUAGAAGUAACCGGUUGUAUUUGGAAAUUUUGUACCCAACCAACCUACCAAAAGCACUUGAUAUAUGUAAUUAUCUUUAAUCUUCAACUUUAUUUCUCUAUUCUUUUCAAGAUCCAACUUUUGAUAUAAGAUAUCAGUUUUCUUUCAACUUUAUAAUUGUCAGAUUUUUUUUUCCUAUUCUUUGUGGGUUAUUUUUUCCAGUUUUCUGUUUUAUUUAUUUUUAAAUAUUUACUCCAGCGAGAACCCAAAUUGAUUCUUAUGGGGUCAGGUUAACAUCUAUUUGAAUAGCCAUAACUUCAACCGAUCAAUUUUAUCAGUUUGUGUUCAAGAUUUUCCUGAACUUGGAUCCAAUCAAUGAUCACUCCUAUCCACAGUCUCUUACUGAGUAUUAUUAGUUAAGAAACCAUAUUACUGUCAUUUUGGAUUCUUUAUCAUUAUCUCCUGUAUUGUGUUCUCAUUCUAAACAUGUUUUAUGAUAGAAUAUAGUGGUAUCAGUUGGUCGAUUUAGCCAAUUCCACCUAGUGUGAGAAAGGGUUUGUUGGUUGUUUUAUUCUUAUUAUGAAUUUCAGUUUGCCUGCAUGUUUCCAUUUGGUUACACGAGAUAUAAAAAUAAAUGUUUAACUCAAGGCAUCGCAUAAAUUAAAUGGUCGUAAUAUCUCUCUUAAGGAUACAAUGAAUUUCGUUGCAGUACUAGUUUAGCUUGGCACUGUUGCAUUUGUUGAGAUAUAAUCGUAUUAACUGCACAUAUAUCCAUGAAUACAUUGGAACUAUGGCCAAGUCUUCCUCUGUUUUCUUUGACAUAAAUGCGCCGACUAACUCAGAUCUAAUAUUGUUUCUAAAAUUAAUUUUCAUUGUAUUACCCAUUGCUUGAUAAUGCUGCUUAAAAUGUUUUGACCAGUUCCUUCACCUUGUUUAACAGAGGGAAGCACGAUUGGAACGAAAUAAAAAUCGGUCCCUCUUCUCAUGAAACCCUGGCUGGGAUUUUACUGAUUGUAUCAUAGAAAACAAAA